AUUAGGGUGACGUCACUUCCGUAAACAAUUGGUUAGCUUCAGCAAUGUGAAGAGUAUUUUUAAUUAAAUAUACAGUAGUAUAAUAUAAAUGGAAAAACUACAAGACGUAAUGUGUCAUCGCGGCAUGUAUGCGGUGAUGUCUGAAGGGGACACUUCAUUAGGAAAGAAAGAAAGCCCUUGCAAAGAAGACGACUCUGCUGUCAAAGAGCCUACGAAUGAGAACGACUUUAAACGAGUUUUAAAAGAAGUGGGACUCACCAGCAAUGCCUUCAUUGGCCCAGCCUUUCCUCCAGAGAAGAACCCAGCCACUCCUGACAUUGAGGACUCACUCAGUGAAUUUUACAAAGAGAUUGAGAAGAUCGAUGCCAAUUCUUUGCCGGAUGACACACAAAAUACAUCUCAAGUAUCUCAAGAAAUACAAGAUACACAUGUGGGACGUUCAGAGAGACAUUUCCACCAGAGAAGCAGUAGACACCAGCAACCAUUUUGGUCCCAUUGGUAUAACAAUGAACCCUACUUCACUCGAAAGUCACACAACAUGAACUCUGAUGGAUUUGAAAGUUCUUGGAGUCAGCCCGAUCAUCAUCAUCAUCAUCAUCAUCAUUCUCCGCAGCCACUUAACCAGACAGUACCCAGAUUCCAUCACCCUCACCCUCCAUUGCACUGGAACCCCCCCAGUGACCACCACUACCAACCUCAGCCUCGUUUCCCGUCACAUGAACGCAACCCACACUAUCAAGAAAUUCACAGUCGCCGUUAUAGAUUUGAUGCUCGUGAUGAUGUAAACACCAAGUGGACCCAAGAUCCGCCUGAAUAUCGCUUUGACGACAGACAACAAAUGUGGGAGCCGCCUCAUCACUCUGGACCCCUGGAUGAGCCGUCCUUGGUGCUCAUCCUGAUGAGGGGACUGCCGGGUUCUGGUAAAUCCACAACGGCAAGGGAGUUGCUCUCAAAGGGUCCCGACGGCUUAAUACUGAGCACAGACGACUACUUUGCAGAUAAAGAUGGAUACCGCUAUGAUCCAGGUCUACUCGGAGCCGCACAUGAGUGGAACCAGAGAAGAGCUUGUGAUGCUAUGCAUGACCGCCGCUCUCCUGUCAUCAUCGACAACACGAACCUGCAGGCGUGGGAGAUGAAGCCCUACGUCACAAUGGCUUUACAGAGAGGAUACAGAGUGGACUUUUGUGAGCCCAACACAAGCUGGAAGUUUGAUCCUUACGAGCUUGAGAAGAGGAACAAACACGGAGUACCUCAAGAGAAGAUCGCACAGAUGCUGGAUCGAUUUUAUUCCCCCAUUUCUGUUGAGGACGUCCUGAGCUCGCAGGAGCCGCAUCACGUCAACCAGAGGCGUCAAGAACGAGCGUUCCCCUCGUGGUCUUAAUGUCGUGUUUCUACUUGGUCUUUCAACCACUAUUUUGUAUAGAUUUGUACAAUUUUUUUUUAUUAUUUUUAAAUUUUUUAUUUUUUCAAUACAUGUGCGUUUUAUACUACGUCCUCACUAAAGAAAGCAUUUUCUUCUGGUGCGUUGAGAUACAGUAAUUUAUUUUUUAGAUCAUAUGAAUGUGUAUUUUUGCCGUUAUAUUAAUCUGUCCACUAGAUGGUGCUAAUGAGUCAAAUUUGAGGAGCAGAUCUCGGGGUUACUGUAGUUUUCACAUGUGAGAUGAAUGUGACAUUGUUUCGUAAUUUUUUGUUAAUAUUUUUACUGAAUGGUUGUUUGUAUUUAUGAUUGACUGGCUGGGAUAGGCUCCAGCUCACCCGUGACCAAUGAGGAUAAGCAGUACAAAAUAACGGAACUUGCAAUAAUGAAUGGUUUCUUUGACACAUAAUUGUAACUGAAAUUACGAGGAAUGAAAACGACAAACAUUUUCAAUAAUUUAGUUUUGUUUUGUCAUUUUAUAAAUUUACAUAGUGAUGGUUGUGUGAACAUUCAAAACAUAAAGCUUAGUAGCUACAGUACUAGCUAGUGG